AUGUCAGCUUCUAGGAGACGCGCGAAAACCCCAGUCUUCUCCAUCGGCCAGCUGGAGGGCAUCUCCUUGGGCCACUACGGCUCUCCUACUAAAAUUCCACCCACUAGUGAACUCAUAGCUCAGCAGUACAGGGAGCUCAUCGAUUAUGAUGCAGAUUCUAUCUACAGCGACGCCCAAUCUGAGCCUUCCCCAUCUCGCCAAGGUUACAGGGACGAUGAGUACAUACCAAGACGGCAGCGUAGCUCCGAUGAUAUCUCGUCCAAUAGGGUUUUCUCUUCCGCGGAGGUUGGCGAUGCCAUCCCGGCUGCAUCUCCCACCUCUGAUGACGGCACUCUGGUUUCUUUUGAAGAGGAAACUGUUUACUUCAAGCCCGUAUCUCCAAAUAACCUCAGCCUUCAAAUAUGCCUUGAUCUCCUAGCCCGAGAGCUCUCAACAGCCUUUUCAGAUCGUCGUCAGCGUCCUACCAACGAGAUAUCGGCUCUCCAAAUAUGGGUCAUGAUUGAAGCCUUUGAGAGGCUAAGAGACCAGGUUGCAGAGAUGAGGCUAGGCAUAAGCCAGGUUAGUGGAGUGGAAACCAUGUUUGAAACUUGGCUUCAAGCUCUGUACACUAUCCACGAUUCUCUCGCCACGGAGAACUUGGCCCGGAAUGUGGACAAGGACGACUUUGAAGGGCUAGAAGAGGCCCUGGACUAA